AUGUUCGAGCGGCGACACGACGGGUCAGGCGGAUGCUUCGUGGACAUCGGCAUACAGGUGACCCAUCUGGUGUGGGCCGCAUACACGCUCGUCGAGAAUGCGGUGGCCGGUGUGCUGCAGCAGUGGGGGUACGAGCGCGUGCAUGACCACAACUUCCGCCUGUGUUUCCGGCAGAAGCCCGCGAUCUGGUCACGUAUCCCAAGGCUGACGCUCGACUUUGAGGGUCCGACUACUCGGCACGGGGAGCGCACACGCGCACACCUUGAAAUCCGCUCACGGGGCCUCUUCUUCAAUGUUGACAACGAGCAGUUGUUGUGCUUUGGCGUGUACCCCACAACCAUGGGCCAUACGACGGUCAUCGGAGCUAUGCAGCAGGUGGAUACGCGAUUUAUUUUUUACCUCAGGGCCAACACCAUCACCAUCCACCCGGAGAGCUGUGAGGAUGACACCGUGCCCACCCCGUCCGAGUGGUGA